UGUCCUAUAUGUCUUGAAGAGUAUACUCCGGAGAAUCCUAAGAUUAUGACUAAGUGCUCGCACCAUUUCCACCUUGGUUGUAUCUAUGAAUGGAUGGAGAGAAGUGACAGUUGUCCUGUUUGUGGAAAGGUGAUGGCUUUCGAUGAAACGACAUGAUCUUUCGAGUUGAUAGUUAUGGUGUGGUGUCGUGGAUGAAAACCAGCGCAUAAUAGGGCUUACGAGAGAGUUGUUUGUGAAUAUUGCAGAUCACAAAAGUGUUUGUGAUCUCCCAUCGUAUAUAUAACAAAAGGAAAGUGAAGUGAACAUUGUUUCAGCAGCAUAACAUUUGUUAUGAAC